AUGAUUCUCUCCAGCCUGCUGUCGCUGGCGGCUCUGUCGCUGCUGGCCUCGUCUGCCGCCGGUGAGGUGCUCGAGAGGCUUCGCGCGACGCCGUCAGGCUGGCGAUUCUCGCGCGCUGCCCGCGACGACCAGCCCAUCCGCCUGCAGAUCGCGCUGCAGCAGCACGACGUCGACGCCUUCGAGCAGGCCGUGCUCGACAUGUCGACGCCUGGCCAUCCGCGCUACGGCCGGCACUUCCAGUCGCACGACGAGAUGAAGCGCCUGCUGCUGCCGUCCGACGAGGCCGUCGACGCUGUCGUCGCCUGGCUGCAGCGCGCCGGCGUCCGCGAUAUCGAGCAGGACGCCGACUGGAUCAACUUCCGCACGACUGUCGGCGUCGCCAACAGACUGCUCGACACGCAGUUCGGCUGGUAUGUCAGCGACGAGACGCAUGUUCGCCGCCUGCGCACCCUCGAGUACUCCGUGCCCGACGAACUGGCCCAGCACAUCUACAUGAUCCAGCCGACCACGCGCUUCGGCCACGUCCGCCCGGAGCGCAAGAACUCGCAUCCCAAACCCCUGCCUGGAGAGGCCCAUCGCGCGCUGAAGGCGGCUCGUCUGGGCGCGGGCUUCAACGAGUCGCUCGCCUGCCAGGAGAUCGUCACGCCGUCGUGCCUCAAGAACCUCUACCACAUCGGCAACUACUCUGCCAACCCGCACAGUGGCAGCAAGGUCGCCUUCGCGAGCUACCUGGACGAGUACGCGCGCUACGCCGACCUGGCCCUCUUCCAGGGCUAUCUGGCGCCGUGGGCCCAGGGCCAGAACUUCUCCGUCGUGCAGUUCAACGGCGGCCGCAACGACCAGAACUCGUCCGCCGACAGCAGCGAGGCCAACCUCGACCUGCAGUACAUCCUGAGCCUGAGCUCGCCGCUUCCUGUCACCGAGUACUCGACCGGCGGCCUGGGCUAUCUUGUCCCGGACAUCAACGAGCCCACCGCCGCCGACAACCAGAACGAGCCGUACCUGAACUUCCUGCAGGACAUCCUCAAGCUGCCGCAGAAGGACCUGCCGCAGGUUAUCUUGACCUCGUACGGCGAAGACGAGCAGAGCGUUCCCGAACGCUACGCCCGCACCGUGUGCAACCUGUUUGCGCAGCUGGGCAGCCGCGGCGUGACGGUGCUUUUCUCGUCCGGCGACUCGGGCGUGGGCACAGGCUGCGUGUCCAACGACGGCAAGAACCAGACGCAAUUCCUGCCGCAGUUCCCGGCGUCGUGUCCGUGGGUGACGUCCGUGGGCGCGACGCAGGGCCAGCAGGAGAGGGCAGCGACCUUCUCGUCCGGAGGCUUCUCGAACCUGUGGCCGCGGCCAGACUACCAGAAGGACGCUGUCGACGCGUAUCUGGCCAAACUGGGCGACCAGUGGAAGGGUCUGUACAACGAGUCCGGCCGCGGAUUCCCGGACGUCGCCGCGCAGGGCGUCAACUACGCCGUAUACGACAAGGGCAUGCUGACGAUGCUGGAGGGCACGUCGGCCGCGUCGCCGACAUUUGCGGCCAUCGUGGCGCUGCUGAACGACGCCCGGCUGCGCGCGGGCCAGCCGGUACUGGGCUUCCUGAACCCGCUGAUCUACAGCAAGGGCUACAAGGCGCUGAACGACAUUACUCACGGCGGCAGCGACGGCUGCAAUGGACAGAGCCGCUUCGGGGGCGGCACGCUCGAGGGCGGCGCCGUCAUUCCGGGGGCGAGCUGGAACGCGACUGAGGGAUGGGAUCCGGUGACGGGGUACGGCCGUAUCUCUGAUAAAUCUGAAUAUUCAGAAUCAACAGCUCGUGGGAACGAUAUCGAACAAAACAGACGACUCGCCUAUCCAAUUCUAUUUCAGUAG